AUGAUUCCGGACAUUGAUUUUAGAAUCGUAACUGAAGAAAAUGAUAAUGGGGAACAGGCCUACCGCUGCUCCAAAUGUAAAGCUGAUAUGCAAAACAGAUAUUAUCUAUGCCAACACUGUUUUACGGAAAUUGCUGAGACCGCAGCGACUACUUGGACAACUGAGAGACCCAAUAUCGAUGCAUUUAUUCUCGGUUCACAAAAAGAUGCCGACCAAGUUCAUCAGUUUAUUGAAUGGAUUCCAUUCGACAAUUUCGCAAAUGUCGAGCACGUAGCCGACGGGGGUUUUGCCAAAGUCUAUAAAGCUUCUUGGAAACAAGGAUGCUGGGAAUGUGUAACAGAGGACGAUGAUAACUCCACAAGACAUUUCAAGCGUAGAGGAGCUAUGGAAGUUGCUCUAAAAGAGCAGAAAAAUUCCACAACACUUUCGGACGAGUAUUUAAAGGAGGCGACUUAUCUAAAGUGUGAAUACAGAUUUUUACGUGACAAUCGAUUAUAUGGAAUUUCAGUGAACCCCGAAACGAGUCGUAUAAUAUUGGUGAUGCGAUACAUGUCAGGCGGUGACUUGAAACAACUUUUGAUAAAGAAUCCUGCAGAGCUUACAUGGAGCGAAAGAAUAGAACAGCUGUCUACAUUGAUGAGAGAUUUACAAACUAUUCAUAGAGCAGGCUUUAUCCAUAAAGAUUUUCACAGCGGAAAUGUGCUGUGGACUCACGAUAACUAUCAGAACUAUGAACUGUGCAUUUCUGAUUUAGGCUUAUCCGGUCCCGCCAAUGAUAAAGAUGAUACAGUUACUGGAGUUGUCCCGUAUAUGGCACCAGAAGUACUCCUAGGUCAACCAAAGUCAACAGCAUCUGACAUUUAUGCUUUUGGUAUAGUCAUGUGGGAAUUUUCUUCGGGAAAACCAGCCUUUUUCGAAUACAAAGAUGAUGAUUUAUCAGCCUUUAAGCAGAGAAUUAUUAAAGAUAAUUUGAGACCUGAACCCGUAGAUGGCACCCCGGAUUGCUAUGUGAAUCUGAUGCGACACUGCUGGAAAGCUAAUCCCGAAGAUAGACCGACAGCUGAAGAAGUAUUGUAUACAUUAUUAGCAUUCAUAGAGAUGAAUGACAAGACUUUGCUUACUUUUAACGAUACGGUCUUUGAGCAAUUCGAAUCGGCAGAGGAUUUAAGAAUUAAAAGAGGACCGGGUCCAGAUGAAAGAUUUUACCAUGAGAGAUACACUAGCGGAAUUAUAAUAACCGGUGAAUUUGUCCGGACAGUGCCCGAGUUGCUAUAA